CCAUUUUCUCUCCAGCCCAAACAACUAACAAAACCAAUAUUAGGCGGGACGGAAAAUUCCCGAAUUUUCGAGCUUCCAGUCUCUACUCGUUCUUCCAAAUUCCAGAACCUCACCGUCACCGGCGGUCAAUUUACCGGCGACCCAACAUCCAACCAUGGCGGAGCAAGACCCUUACGCCGCCUCUUCCGCCAACAUCUUCUCCCAUAAAAACUCCCGUCCAGCUGACGACACCGUAUUCUUCUCCAUAUACCCAGACUUUACCUUAAACCCCACUUCUCCUCCACCCACCAUAACUUCUCAACUCCAAUCCCUUCACCUCCAAAUCCUCCAAACUCUCUCCCCUUUCACUUCCAAUUACAUAUGGCAACACGAACCCUUCAACCUCACCCUUUCCCCCACCCCCAUCCCUCCCCAUCUCUCCGGCAAACUCCGGUACGGCGACAACCUCGAAGACGAAUGGUUCGUUGUAUUCCUCCUUUUCCAAACCUCAAAACACUUCCCUAAUGUGUCAAUUCGUGUUUGGGAUAGUGACGGCGAGUUCUUGUUGAUCGAAACAGCAUUUCAUCUCCCCCGCUGGGUUAACCCGGAUACAGCGACGAACCGGGUUUUUAUCCGAGGUGGGUUUCUUCAUAUUAUCCCUAAUUCGGUAAUACCCACAACCCCAUCAAUCCAUGAGGGGUUAAAUUUGUUAAGAAAUGAGAUUAGUACUAGAGCACCUGAAGGAGUGCAGAGUCAGUUAGAGAAUAGGUUGAAGGAGUAUCCGGAUAGAGCGGAGAAGAAUGUGCAUAAGGUUAGGGUUAGGGUUCCGGUGUCAGUUGCAAAAGUGUUAAAGCAUGAGCCUUGUUUGAUUUCCCUUGCGGUUGAAGGAUUUUACGAUAGGGAUAUUGAUACAAUGAAGUUCGCGGCGAAGAUGGAGAGGUUUUUGGGGAAUGGGGGUAGUGGGGAGGAGCUGGUUCGAGUUGUGGUUAGGAUGUCUAGGGCAAUGUAUGCACAGUUGGUGCAGCAGACAUUUCAGGCGCCGAAAUGUUAUCCGGCUUUGCCACCUAGGAGUGAUGUGGGUGCUUAUAUGGAAGCUGAGCUGGGAAUGAAGAUUGCUUGUGGAUUUGUGAUGAUUUAUCAGUUGAAAAAGAGGCAGGGUAUGGAGGGAAAAGGGAGUACUUGGGAUGCGUUUAGGCAGAGUCUAGAACGGAGUGGGUACUUUGAAGGGCUGUUGCCAGGAUCGAAUGAGUAUAAAAGAUUGAUGCAGAAUGCUGAGGAGUAUUACAAGAAUAGUUCACUGCAUGCGAGAGAAAGUGCUACACUAAGUGCUCCAGUGCGAAGAAUAGAUGAGAUCCUUGCCCUUCCUGAUUCUGCUGAUGACUUUAAGGAUCAGGAGCUACCGCCGUCUGAUGAUGAUUCAUGGCUUUAUGGUGGGGAGGAUGAGCUAACUACCGUUCUUCAAGAGAGGCAAAAGGAGAUGGAACUUUACAAUUCAAAAAGGAAACAGAAAUCAAAAGAGCAGGAUGGGCCCAGCAAUUAUUCUGAUAAUUUUGAUCUAAAAGAUAUAUCGAAGUCUAUGCAAGCAUUUGUCACAAAAGUGGCCAGUUAUGAAGGUGCAGAGGUUCCAGAAGACAGGAAUGUAAAGGAAGUGGACUUUGAUGUGGAUCUCUUUAUGAAAGACAUGGAAUCAUUUGUGAGGCGUCAGGGAAAUGAAGACACUGGCAGUGAUGUUGAUAUAGAAGAAGGGUCAUCAUUGGAUAUGGAGUUCGAUGAAUCUGAAGAUGAGAGUGAUAUUGCCGAGCCACAUGAUGAUAAUGAUGAGGGAGGUGCCGCUUUCAUGCAUUCGUAUUCGGACACUCUGAAUGAAGAACUGAAAGGCACCACUCUUAGUAAUACCUUUGUCCGUGCAAAUGGAGAGUCCAUAAAGAAAGAUGAGGGAACAUCUACUGCUACAGAAAACAUGGAAGAGGAUUUCACUCCGGUAGAUGUGGAUUUCAAUCUCGUAAAGAAUUUCCUCGAUUCGUUUUCUUCUCAAGAUGGACUUCCAGGACCUGCUUCUAACUUGCUUGGACUUAUGGGUCUACAGCUACCACCAGAUGCUAGCAAAGGGAAAUAACCAUAUUUUUGUUAAGCAGUUGAGACAAAAAUAUAUA